GGAGAAUUUAAAAUAUUCUUUUUCUUUUCUUUUUUAAUACAAUUUAUAUAAUCUUUCUAUUGCUUCUUCCUACCCAGUAUCUUUUUUAAUAAUAUUUAUUAUGGUUCAAUUUAGACAAAAUACGCGUAAUAUGGAUUUAAGAUCUACUGAACUUUUAAAUUUAUACAUUUAUGAUUAUUGUAAAAAAAAGAAGUUUCAUCAAACUGCACAAGCAUUUUCAACUGAAGCUAAUGUUCCCAUUGAUGAACCCAUUCCUAAUGAUACUGAAACUCCUUUCUUACAAGACUGGUGGUGUAUAUUAAACGACCUUUAUAUGGCUAAGAAAAAGGAUGCUGAAGCAAGUAAGGAAGCUGUUGCUUAUGAUGAGCGUCAUACCCAAAUAAGAAUUAAACGGGAAGAAGCAUUAGAAAAACAAAGAGCUUAUAAUAUUCAUCAAGCCCAACAGUUGGCCGAACAGCAAGCCCAACAAUUAGCUGAACAGCAAGCUCAGCAACAAGCUCAGCAACAAGCCCAACAACAAGCUCAAGCUCAAGCCCAAGCACAGGCACAGGCACAGGCACAAGCUCAAGCUCAAGCUCAAGCACAAGCACAGGCGCAAGCACAGGCGCAAGCACAAGCUCAAGCUCAGCAGCGUAGAGCUUCAUUACAAAGAGUAAAUCAAUCUCCACAAAUACCUUUCCAUCAACAACAACAACAGCAAAUAUAUUAUGAACAACAGGGCAGUCGCCCAUCUCCCGCUAAUAGUGCUGCAUCAUUACCUAAUAAUAGUGGGAUGCCACCACCUCCACAUAAUAAUACAAUCGUAAAUACACCUCAAAGCAUGCCUGCUAACUUAAAUCAACAGCAUAGGAUGGCUGCUGGGACUUCACCUUCUUUUUCACCUCGUCAACAAAUACAACAACAAGCUGGCCCUCAUCCUGAAGGUAUGAUGUCAUCUCCUAUGGCUGGCCAUCAAUUAUCUAUUCAACAACAAAAUAUGUUAAAUGCUCAAAGAGCUCAACAACAACAACAACAACAGAAUGCUCUCGUAAUAGCCGCUAUGAAUGCAGUAGGUCUUGGAGGUCGUGAUCAACAAACUUUAACUCCAGAAGAAAAGGCUAUUGUUCAAAUGCAAAUAAGAAGAUAUCAAAUGGCUCAACAAGCUAAUAUCAUGAGAAAUAAUCCUAAUAUGUUAGCAAAUAAUCCACAAGCGCAAGCUCGUCUUCAAAUGCAUCAACAAGCAAUGUUUCAACAGCAACAGCAUCAACAAGCAAUGAUUCAACAGCAACAAUUAGCCCAGCAACAGCAGUUGGCUCAACAACAGCAACAGCAACAACAACAGCAACAACAGCAACAACAACAAAUAGCUCAACAGCAACAUGCUCAAGCUGCUACUCCUCAGCAGCAAAGACAGCAGUUACCUCAAACUACUCCUCAACAACAGCAAGCACAUUUAAAUCAACAAUCUCUUAAUUUGCAACAACAUCCAAUGAAUCAAAGCCCACAGGUAGAUUUAUCUCAACGUGGAAUUGGUCCAACAGCUGGACCUGGUAAUCUUACUGGACAAGCCCGGCCUCAUAUGAUUGGCCCAGGCGGUCAAAUAGCUAUGAAUCCAAAUAUGCAAAGCCCUAAUAUGAUGAGUGGUGGUAUGCCUUUUAACGGUGAUGUAAAUCUUAUGCUUGCUCAACAUAUGAUGAAUAAAGGGCAAAUACCACCUGGAUUAUCUCCUCAACAGCAACAACAAUUUUUAGCUACUCAACAACAAAGAAUGAUGAAUCAACGUCGUUUGAUGCAGCAGCAAGCACAACAAGCACAAGCACAAGCACAAGCACAAGCACAAGCACAUGCAGCUAAGGCUCAGGCUCAAGCUCAAGCUCAAGCACAGGCUCAGGCUCAAGUUCAAGCCCAAGCUCAAGCUCAAGCACAAAAUCAACCUCAACAUCCUCAGGCAACACCUCAACAAAAAUCUCAGCAAUUGCCGUCACAAAACAUGAAUAAUCAGGGCAGUAACACAUCACCUAAUAUAAAUCCUACGACAGUGAGUCCAAAUAAUGCUAGUAUAUCUACUGGUAAUGAAUCUCCUGAAGGAACAGAUAAAAAGAAAAAUAUUGCAGUUGCUCUUUACCAACGUCGACAAGCACAUCAUGUUAUGCAGCAAGCUCAGCAGCAAGUUCAGCAACAACAAACUCAAACAACAACAUCAACACCAACACAAGCUCAAACAACACAAGCUCAAAAGAGACAGAGGACAAAUAAUGGUGGUAAUAACCCAGUCACACCUCAACAAGCACCUCCUUCUCCACAAUUAAAGCAUAAAGCUAGUCCUCAUGCUCAACAACAAAAUCUUAAUGAUGAAUCAUCCAUGAUGACUAUGCCUCAAAGAUUAGCAGCUCAACAACAACAACAACAAAUGAAUUCGCCUCAGAUAAAUCGUAAUAAUAAUGUAAGUAGUAAUACCCCUCAGCAACAACAACCUAAUAUGACAUGGACUACCACUACUAAUGAUAUGGGUUCACCUAUGAAUAAUGAUUCUCAACAGCCAACAUCAGUGAACAAUCCAAGCAGUAUGGCAGCAGCAGCAGCAGCAGCAGCAGCCAAUAACGUGCUUUCUUUUGAUCUUGAACGCUUUAUGAUGGGUGAUAGUGGAGAUUUUGGUGAGAUGUUUGCUUCUGGUGACGAUGGAGCAGAACAAAACUUAUUGAUGGGAGGAGAUAAUGGUGACCUUGAUUCAUUUGGAGGUAGUUUCCUUGCAAGUAUGGGUGGCGGUCUUGAUCUUGAAAAUGCAAUGAUUGGUAGCGGACAACAAGGGUUAAUGAAUAUGAAUAAUCAGCAACCCUCUUUAUUACAUCUUUACUCUGAACUUACUGGGCAUACGAAUAAGGUAUCUACAGUCUCAUUUUCUAUGGAUGGUAAAUGGUUAGCUAGUGCUGGACAUGAUCGUAAAGUGAUGAUUUGGAACGUUCAAGAGAAAAAAGUGAUUUAUUCUUUAGAUGGUCAUACUUCUAAUAUUACUUGUGCCAGAUGGAGUAAUGAUGGCCGUCAUCUUUUAGCAACAUCAUCCUAUGAUAAAACAUUACGUAUUUGGGAUAUAGGGUCAGCUAUUGCUGCAAGUGCAGAUAAAGAAAGUAAAGAAGAGGAAGCAGAAAAUGAAAGUGCUAUUCCUAUUCCUAAGCAAAUCUUGAAAUUUGAUUGUCGUGCUCAAGUCACUGCUGUUGAUUUUGCACCAGGAAGACCUGGUAUUAUUUGUUCUCUUGAUGCAGAAGGAGAAUUGAACGUGUGGGACUUGAAUAAUGGUGCCUGUGAAAAAUCGAUCAAGUUAACACAAUCCAAGUCCGGUUUUUCACCCAACCCUAUGCGGUUCCAUCCUAAGAAUGCGUCCAUCCUUGCUUGUGCAGUUGGGAAUCAAAUUUUCAUUGUUGAUCUUACCUCUGCUCAAACUGGAUCUUCAAGUGGUAUUCGUACGAUCACGACUGAUCAUAGUAAGAAUGUAUGUUGCUUUGAUUGGUCAGUAGAUGGUAACUUUCUUGUUGCUUCCUCAGAGGAUAAGAUUUGUGUAUAUGAAAGUGCACAUUGGAAAUGUGUAGCCAGUCAAAUACCACAAUCUAAGGUAUCUGGUUGUGCAUUUGUUAAAAAUGGUCGUGAGAAGCCAUCCUUAUUAUUUGGUGGAUAUCAAGAGGUGUUUUUAUGGGAGUUUGGUGUGCCUGGUGCUCAGCCACAACAAGCAGGAUUCCAGCCAGGCAUGGUAGUCAACAUUGCCUGUAGUUCAGUAGGGGGUUUAAUUGCCACUGCAAGCCAUCACCAGAAAGAAAAGAAUUUAAUAUUAUGGACUAUUUAAAAAGAAAGAAAGAAAGAAAAAAAUUUUUUUAUAUAUAUCCAAGUAGUAGAUUCUUUUUAAUUAUUUAAGUAUAUCUAUUUUAUUUAAUACA